AUGGCGCCUCCAACGCGGAAGAAGAUUUUUGCCAUUCUUGUUCUAAUGGGAAAGGUACCUGCUAUCGCCCAUGUUUGCGAUGAGGGUUUUUCGGAUAACGACCUGCCAUUUGACUUGGACCCAGAUGGUAUGAAGCUAGUCCGGAGACAUGGGACAUCCUCACAACCCAUUCAGGCCUUCAUAGACUGGAAGGAACACGAGUCCGAUAUGUUUGAUUCCUAUCAAUGGUAUAUGCUCGCACCCUACUUUGUCCUUGCCAAUGAGGAUGAGCCGCGGGCCACGCACUACACGUUGAGCGAUAUGUUGCCACUCCCUUUCGCGGUGAGCGAAGCUCCACCAGAUUAUGCUCUGGGCGAGAUGGAGGGAUGCCUGGGGGUGCAAAAGGUCACAAUCCAUCACGUUCACCACAGCCGGGGUGACCCCAAAUUCUGGAUGGGUAAUUCUCCUAACAGUAACUCAAUUGACCUGACGAAGUGGAUAUCAUCACAGCUUUUUGGUUUGGCUGAUGCCUUGCAGUUGAUCCGAGAUCUCUUCCCUACAGAGGUGAUAACAGAAAGUGGCCAUGGACUACUUCCUCCACACAGAGACCUAAGCCCAGAGUCUAUUCUCUGUUUUAGUACAUCAACAUCUACUGGAGGUGUUCUUAAGAUUACAGAUUUUGGAUCCAUGCAGUUUCACGACGAGCAGUUAUAUCACCAAAGAGGCUCCGGAUCAUGUGUAAAUUCGACCUAUCGCGCCCCUGAGAUACACAAAGAUGACUCCGCAUCCGAUUCGGAUCUAUGGUCUCUGGGAUACAUUAUCUUACACUUUAUAACCUGGUCUUAUGGUGGCUGGGAAAGAGUUGAAUCGUUGUCAACUUUGAGCUGCAAUGAAGAAGAGGAAUCUGGGGCUUUUACACGUGAAGACAAAUUCUUCAUGUACAGUAACUCGAAUACCACUAUCCUAAACCUAGACUCUGAGAGAUUGACUCAAAGGAACCCGGAUGGUACAGCAAUUGGCCCAGAAAAAGAUCUUUCUGAUUCUGGCCCAGUGUUAAAAGAAUCCGUACAAAUAGAAAUGUCCAAAUUUCUCGACAAAAGUAACAGCCAGUUUACUCGCGACAUCAUCGGCUUAGUUAAGAGAGACCUUCUUCGAACAGACGCCAGGGACCGGGCAAGUUGUACGGCUGUUCGAGAUUAUUUGAAAGAAUUGCAUGAAAAGUGUGCUGGAAGUGAUGCAUACUGUAGAAGAGCAGUUCCAAGUUGA